AUGAUUAAUGCGAAAUUCUCUCAUUCUACGAACUAUGAAGCAUCUUCUUUCUAGAAGAAAUUGAAUCUCAAAAAAACUAUCUAGAUUUAACAAAAAGAACCAAAUAAAAACUAAAUGGAUGUUUGCAAAUGCAAUUAAUGUUAACUUUUUUCAAAGCUCAGUAUGCGUUCUAAACUCCAAAAGUUGGCUUAAACAAAUAACUAAGAUUAUAGCAUAAUUUAAUAACCAUCUUUAGAAAAUUCUUAGAUUGUUGGUUCUUUGCUCGUAUUUUUAAAUAACAUUGAUUCUUCUGAAAAAAAAAAACAAAACAAACUAUUUCUGCUUAAAUAAUUAGUAAAAACUUCUCUUUCAUCAAAAUAAACAAAUAAAUAAUAGAAUAAUAUAUGUUGA